GUAUUACUCUCGGCUUGAUCGUCUACGGUACUAUAGAGACAAUUCUGUCUGUGACUAUAUCUGUGACAAUUCUAAUAUUUAUACAAAGUCAAUUGGAUAUCUCCAGCAAUACACGGACAACCUCAGCUAACUGUAUUCGUGAAUAUACAGACUCAAGAUGUCUGACUUGACUGAUGCAGCAGUGAAACAGAGUGAGGAGGGCGUGACAGAACCUCAAGAAUUAGGAGGACAAUCUUCUACCAGUAUGGAUACUAUAGUUGAUGACUUUGUAGCUGUUGAUGCCAAGGAUGUUACUCCUGAAGAGAGUACAACUUCAGAAAACAUGGAUGGGAUAUCACAGGCGUCAAACAUUCAAGCAUCGGGAGAGAAAGAGGAGCAAGAUGGUCCUGGAGAUGGAGGUACAGCAGAAGUCCAAGUAGACAAGAACGUGAACGGAGUGAUGGAGGAUGAUGGUGGAGAACAAGAGAGAAUGAGAGUGGAAGAAGAAGGAAGGCAAAGAGAAGAAGAACGGAAUAGAAUGGAAGAGGCAAGGAGAGCAGAAGAAAGAAAAAGAGAGGAGGAAAUGAGAGUGGAAGAAGAAAGACUGAGAGAGGAAGAAAUGAAGAGAGCAGAAGAGGAAAGGCGGAGAGAGGAAGAAAUAAAGAGAGCUGAAGAAGAAAAGCAAAGAGAGGAAGAAAAGAAGAGAGAGGAAGAACAAAGACUGAGAGAGGAAGAAAUGAAGAGAGCUGAAGAAGAAAAGCAAAGAGAGGAGGAAAAGAAGAGAGAGGAAGAGGAAAGGCGGAGAGAGGAAGAAAUGAAGAGAGCUGAAGAAGAAAAGCAAAGAGAGGAAGAAAACAAGAGAGAGGAAGAACAAAGACUGAGAGAGGAAGAAAUGAAGAGAGCUGAAGAAGAAAAGCAAAGAGAGGAGGAAAAGAAGAGAGAGGAAGAACAAAGACUGAGAGAGGAAGAAAUGAAGAGAGCUGAAGAAGAAAAGCAAAGAGAGGAGGAAAAGAAGAGAGAGGAAGAACAAAGACUGAGAGAGGAAGAAAAGAAGAGAGCUGAAGAAGAAAAGCAAAGAGAGGAGGAAAAGAAGAGAGAGGAAGAGGAAGAGGAAAUGCGAAGAGAGGAGGAAAUGAAGAGAGCAGAAGAAGAAAAGCAAAGAGAGGAGGAAAAGAAGAGAGAGGAAGAGGAAGAGGAAAUGCGAAGAGAGGAAGAAAUAAAGAGAGCUGAAGAAGAAAAGAAAAGAGAGGAGGAAAAGAAGAGAGAGGAAGAAAUGAAGAGAGCAGAAGAGGAAAAGCGAAGAGUAGAAGAAAGGGAAAUAGAGGAGGAAAGGAAACGAGAGGAAGAGAAAAGGCAAAGAGAGCAAGAAAGGAAGAGAGCUGAAGAAGAAAAGGUUAGAGAGGAAGAAAUGAGAGCGAAAGAAGGAAAGCAAGACGAAGAUAGAGUUGAGGAACUUCAAAUGGAAGGCGAAGGUACCGAUGAAGUGGACCAAGCAAUAGGGACAGAGACAAUACCAACACCUGCUGAAGUGUCUGAAGGUACAGAGCUAACCCGACGUAAAGUAGCAAGUAAGGAUACCCCGAGUGAGUCUGCAACUGACCAAGGUGAAAACAAAGGUCCAGCACCGUCAUCAGAUGGAUCUAUUUGGAAAUAUGGAUCUAUUGUAACCUUGAUCGUCAUAUCAGUUUUCAUAGUUGGUUUCAUCAUUUUUACCAAAGCAUCACCGAGUGUUCCAGCUCCGGACGAAACCGCUCAUUCGGACAUGGGUGACUGACCAGGGUGACUGACAAGGGAGCACCGUACAAGGACGCUGUCUUCUUCUUCACGCGAGAAGAUUCUUUCCCGGAGGACACCAGCAAACUGGGGAUUCUUGAGCAACACUUGCGUCAAUGUCUAAAAGAGUUUCCCCAAAGACAAAAUUGCAGCAAUGAAUAGUCGUCUCGCCAACAACAUAGUCAUGAUUGAUUAAUUAAAUUACCAAGCAAUGAUUUUGACUUCUCCUGAUCCUUCAUAUUAUAAGACAAACCUGGGGGGGGGGGGGGUACCACAUUGUGUUACACAUAUGAUAUUAUGUAUCUGUUCACAAAUAUUUAAUGAAUUAUAUCAUAAAAUGUCAGCGAUAUCUAUAAUUGUAUAUUCAUAAUAUUUCACCUACAUUUGAGUGAUUGCGUGUUUAUAUGUGAGGGUGUGGGCGGUGUGUUUGUAUGGUGUGCGGUGGUGGAAUAUUUUGACGAAAGAAAGGAGCGUGGAGACUGAUGGUUGAAAAUGUUAAAUUAAAAAACAAACAUGAUAGUAACAA